AUGGGCCCCAGACACGGCCCGGGCCCCGUCAACCAUGCAAGAAGGCCACCCGCCAUCGGGGGCCCCCAAAAGGCCAUCGCGAAGGCCCAUGGCACCGCGAAAGACCUCCGCCCAGGGAGUCGCCUCAGGCAGCCUCGUUUACCGAUUUCCCUGAAGGGAUGGACGUUUAAACCGGGGCGGCACACUAGCCCCACCCAUCCCCCUGAAAAGGGCCCGAGCAGGGGGCCCAAACGUGGUCGUGGUCAGGGUGAGGGCGGCGAGGCAGGUGGGAGUCCCGUGUUCCUCCGACUAAGGGCCGCUGGCCAAACUGCCUCCGACUUCCUCUUCAUUGGAGGGGAACGAGGUUCUCCGAGGGCGGGGUCUCCGGGGGGCCCUUCCGGGGGGGACCUCAAAGGGGAACGAUUGAAACCCGUCCCGUCGAGGGGGAAGCAGGAGGAACCCUUCAAAAGAAUCCCCCAUCCCCCCGGGCCCGGGCAACCCCCCACGGGGGCCUUAAAUGGCCUCCACAAAGCUUUCGGCCCUCCCA